AUGUCUCCACCAAGAGUGCUGACGAUUGCCGGCUCUGAUUCGGGGGGAGGAGCCGGCAUCCAAGCUGAUCUCAAGACCUUCCUGUCACUUGGCACCUACGGCCUCUCGGUGCUGACCGCACUCACCGCGCAGAACACCACCGGCGUGUCGGCGAUUCAUGCGUGUCCACCCGAGUUCGUGCUGCAGCAACUAGAAUCGGUCUCAUCUGACAUCCAGAUAGAUGCAGUCAAGAUGGGCAUGCUGUGCAACGAAGGCAUCGUCGGUGCUCUCGCCAAGCGUCUCGGCGAAUGGAGGCAGUCCACAGGCCCACACGGAGGCUGCAACGUUCCGAUCGUGCUUGAUCCGGUCAUGGUAUCUACAUCCGGCUCACUGUUGCUGUCGGAGGGCGCCAUUGCGACGCUCAUCCGAGACCUGCUGCCGCUAUGCACCCUUCUAACGCCCAAUCUGCCCGAGGCUCGUCAGCUGCUCAACUACGCCGCCAAGUUCACCUCGCACCAGUCAGCGACACGCGAGCUGGACCUAGCGAAGGAGAAUGAAGAGACAGAGCUUCCUCAGAUGAUGGCGGCAGCAAGGAACAUCGCUCAGCUUGGUCCACGCGCGGUGCUGGUCAAAGGAGGACAUGCCAAGCUCUCCAGACUCCAGAUCGACGAGUACUUGAGCAAUCGAGCUGAAACAGCAUCUGCAAAGGUCGAAAAAAUGGCGCCGACGUCCGUUCCAUCGAUAUCACGAUCUUCUGGCAGUCGCUAUCCACAACGUACCAAGUCUCGCCCGGCGGAUGCACACCAGGGCAGGAUCGAUAACGAGGAUGAACUACGCCAACUCGCCGGCGUGGACGGCGCCAUCAUUACACGCAAAGGCAAUGUCACUGCCAUCCGGACCGACCAGAUCCCAUUCAGCGACGUCUUACACCAGCGCCCUGCUUCGCCUGGUGCCGAUGACAAGGUGGUCUGUGACGUGUUGUAUCAGCAAGGCGAGGACGGAACGGAUGGCACUUUCGUGUUGUUCGUCAAGCCGUUGCUCGCAUCCAGUGCGACCCACGGGACCGGAUGCACGCUCUCGUCGGCUCUGGCGGCAUCGCUGGCGCAAGGCCACUCGCUGGUACGUGCGACUUCAAUCGCCAUCAAGUACGUCCAGAACGCGAUCGCCUGUGGGAUACAAAAUCUCGGUAGCGGCCCUGGCCCACUCGACCACUCGUACCCCUUCCAGCCUCGUGGGCUGAUUGCCUCGCCAUCGGACUUGGGAAAUGGAGAGCUGUCUCUGCACCGAAGCUUGAUCGCGAACUCGCUCGAUGCAUGGACUGGAUUCGUGCAGCACCCCUUUGUGCUCGGGUUGGCGGAUGGCAGCUUGCCACGAGAUGGAUUUGUGUGGUUCAUGAAGCAGGACUACCUGUUCCUGCGCCACUAUGCGCGCAUCUGGGCCCAGGCGGCUGCAUCUCCAGACACCACAUUCGACGAGAUUACGACUCUCGUCGACAUGUCUCGGUCCAUCGCACAGGAAGCCGAGCUGCACAAGCGUCUGUGUCGCGAAAGCCUGGACGUUUCCGAAACCGAGCUCGAGCACGGCACAACCGAAAGCGCGGCGACGCUGGCAUACACGCGCUUUGUGCUCGACACAGGUCGGUCGAGCGACGUGCUCGACUUACUUGUUGCAGUGAGCCCUUGCAUGGUGGGCUACGCACAAGUAGGACGUUGGCUCGCACACCAUCGCUCCGCGACACUCAAGCAGGACUAUGUGGAAUGGAUCGAGGCGUACGCCAGCGACGACUUUCAACAGGCGGCACGAAAAGCCAUGCAGCUGAUUGAAGCCCGAGCCGCACGAGACGACCUCUCGCCCGACCGGAUGCGCAAGCUCCAGCGGAUCUGGAACGCUGCCUGUCGCCUCGAGGCAGGCAUGUGGGACGAAGCCAUAGACCCCAGCCUCCGCAGACCGCCGUGUGAGCCCCCUUUGGUGUUUAGUCUCAUCGACAUUGCCAAGACCGAGCUGGCAGCUUUGGCGAGCGUGUCUCGCAAUGCGAUCCAUAGAUUCGAAAGCCACUGCGAUUUGCUCCUCUUUGCUGGUGUGAUUCCGGGCAAGAACCUCGAACGGUUCGCAAAAUAUUCUCCGACGGUGCAGGCGGGCGGGCGGCAGAAGGGCGCCAAGCCGUCAGAACAGCGGCAGUUUGCAGCCAAAUUCCGCCGAUCGAUGCAUCCGCAGCUUCCCAACGUCAUUUUCGGCCCGUUCGUCCUCCACCCAAGCUUAGGGUCCACCGUCUUGGGCCCUUCGCCCAAACCUGAUCGCAGCUGCCCCCCUCAGGCCACGCUACUCGAGCUUAAGAUACUAUCGGUGUGUCGUCUUGCUGCACGCUUCGUUCCCUACCCCACGCAUCCCCUUUUCCCCUCGGAUACCCUUCUUUCCUCGGCGUCCUCCUACAUCCGACUGGUCUCCAUCAUGGCCGACCACGCCGCACCAUCACGCGCCUCUUCCUCGGAAGCAGGCACGGCCAUCGCAACACCCCACCAGAACCCGGACAAGACCAAGGACACCACCUCGCAGUCGAGCGAGCCGUCGCAGGACGAUGCUCCCGCCGAUGUUCAGGCGAUCCGCGAGAAGAACGACCUCGUCAAGACCAACUCGGAAAAGCAGCGCGAGGGUGAGCAUGACCUCGAACCCCGCGAUGACGGCAAGAUCGUGCUCUCCGAGCGAGCUGGCUACCUGGCAACGGGCUACUCGUAUCCCACAUGGCGCAAGUGGGCCAUUCUUUGCGUUAUCUUCGCCGUACAGGUCUCGAUGAACUUCAACACCUCGGUCUACCCUAAUGCCGUCACCGGCGUUGCAGAGAAGUACGGUGUCAGCGAGCCCGCCGCUCGUGUGGGUCAGAUGAUCUUCCUAGUGGCCUAUGCGUUCGGGUGCGAGUUUUGGGCACCAUGGUCCGAAGAGAUCGGUCGAUGGCCCGUCCUCCAGAUCUCGCUCUUCCUCGUCAACAUCUGGCAGGUGCUCGCUGCACUGGCUCCCAACUACGGCUCGCUUAUCGUCGCUCGUUUCCUUGGUGGUCUCUUCACCGCCGGAGGCUCGGUGACGCUCGGCAUGGUGGCAGACAUGUGGGAGCCCGAUGAGCAGCAGUUUGCCGUGGCUUUCGUCGUGCUGUCCUCCGUCGGCGGUACCUCGGUCGGUCCUUUUAUUGGAGGCUUCAUCCAGGCUUAUCUCAAGGUGGAGUGGAACUUCUGGGUUCAGCUCAUCUUUGGUGGGGCUGUCCAGCUCGUCCACUUUGUGCUCGUUCCUGAGACAAGGUCGACGAUCCUGCUUGACCGCGAGGCGAAGCGCCGCCGCAAGAAUGGCGAGAAGAACAUUUACGGCCCCAACGAGGUCCGCACGGACCGUUUCAGCAUGCGCGAGAUCGGAAAGUACUGGCUGCGACCUUUCGAGAUGUUCGUCCGCGAGCCGAUCGUACUCUUCCUCUCGCUGCUUUCCGGUUUCUCGGACAUGCUCAUCUUCAUCUUCCUCGAGUCGUUCCAGCUCGUGUACAAGCAGUGGGGCUUCAGCACCGUCCAGGUCGGUCUUGCAUUCAUCCCGAUCAACCUCGGCUACCUGCUUGGCUACUUGAUCUUCAUUCCCCGCUUCAUUUGGGAGCGCAAACGCCGCGUACGCGACCCCGACGCGCUCAAACCCGAAGCACGUCUCUGGCUUCUGCUCUACCUCGUUCCGCUCGAGACGCUUGGACUCUUCGGCUUCGCAUGGACAUCGCUCGGCCCUCCUCGCGUCCACUGGAUCGCUCCCAUGAUCUUUUCGACCAUGAUCGCCAUCGCCAACUACUCGAUCUACAUGAGCACGAUCGAUUACAUGAUUGCCGCAUACGGACCUUAUUCGGCAUCGGCGACGGGUGGCAAUGCGCUCGCACGUGAUUUCCUCGCCGGUGUCUCGGCGAUGUACGCAACGCCACUGUACAACCGACUCGGAUUGGAGUGGGCAAGCACGCUGCUUGCCUUCCUCGCCAUCAUCGUCGCCAUCCCCGUCUACGUCUUCUACGUCAAGGGUCCCCAGAUCCGAGAGCGCUCCAAGUUCGCCCAGUCGCUUGCCGACGACAGGAAGGCGAACGGUGGAAGGCGCACGGAUCAAGACGAGAAGGCCGAGCGAGGCGAGACGUACAAGAACAAGAACAAGUAG